AUGCUAUUGAUAAUGCUCAUAUCUAUUAUUCUAACUUAUAUAUCACAGUUUUAUUUUGAAUGUUGUCCUGUUAUUUAUGAUCCAAAUAUAUCAUCAAUUGCUUAUCCAAACAUAAAUCCAAAUGUUAUCAAUAAAUCUAAUAAGUUUAUUGAUAUUCCUUUGAAUUUUACAUCAACAACUAUCACGACAUUUUGUUAUUUAAUGAUUUUGAUCAAAUUCAUGAAAACAAAAAAUAAAGUUGGUGAUCAAUCUGGAAUAAUGAAUGCAUCCAAGAAAAAAGAUUUACUGUAA